AUGGACGACGAAGAGGACGAUUUCUACGAUCCGGCGGAUACGGUCCCGGUUCAGGCGCAGAAUGCCGCACACGAUGCUAGCCAGCAGCAGGCCAACGACGUGAUGGAUGAGGAGGAAGAAGUAGAGGAGGAAGACGACGAGGUUAGUGUGCACCGUGGCGCGUCGGGUGCUUCUGCUAAACCCCUCCCAGGACGAUUUCAACAUUAUCACAGAGGCUCCUGCCGAUGCGCCGCCUGCGGAAGCGUGACCUCCAAGUCUGCCACGCCCUCCGCGGUUCCUCGGCACGACUCACACACCCCCGUUCCUGCAACCGCGACAAUCGCGAAACCCACGACCCCCCAAAAACCGGGGUCUGCCUAUCCGGCCGUUCACACCUCCACCAUUGAUGUCAAUGGCAACCCCGUGCACCCGGCAACGGGCAAGCCAAUCCUGUCCAGUGACAUGGACACCGACUUCCCAACGGACGACAAGCCCUGGCGCAGGCCCGGGACCGACAUGACGGACUACUUCAACUACGGAUUUGACGAGUUCACGUGGGCGAGCUACUGCAUCAAGCAGCAAGAAGUGCGCGGCGAGGUUGGCGGCCAGAAGAAGCAAUUGGACGAUAUGCAGGCCUUUAUGACGAUGGGCAUGCCGCAAAUGCCCGGCGGCCCUGGUGGUGCGCCGGGUGGUGGUGCGCCGGCGGCGAUGCCGGGGAUGCCGGGGAUGGACAUGUCGCCGGAUAUGAUGCAGGGGAUGCUCGCGACGAUGAUGGCACAGGGCUUAGACCCGUCGUCUAUGGAUCCAAUGUCAUUUAUGCAACAUGCGCAGGCUAUGAUGGGCGGACAAGGCGGUGGUCAACAAGCGCCGCAGGGCUUCGGACAGGGUGGACAGCCGCAGAUGGGCUAUGGCGGCGGGUAUGACCAGCGUGGAAAUUAUGGGGGACGUGGACGGGGGAGACGGUGGUAA